AUGCUAGUUUCAUCGCCCUCGCCCUCCUCCGCCCUUCGCCCUUCACCCUCCUCUCCUCCCACUCGCCCUCCUCCCUCUCUCUCAUCUCCUCCUCUUUCUCGUCACUCGUCGACGACUAUCUCACAUAACCAGCAUUAUGAGCCUGUUGGUAACCCGACAGCUGCGCCCGGUAGUCAUUUCUCUCCCCAUUCUUCCCGUGUGGCCAUCGAAGAGCUUCGUUCAGCUCUAAAUCGACACACCGUUGCCUCGUCCCCUCCCGGGCCCUCAGGGGAUCUCCCUCGCGGUCGCAUGUCCGCUGGGCUGACCUCCCUUGGGGGCGGAAACAGCACUGCCGCGUCUACCGCUGAAAGCGCCGCCGCAGCCGCCGCCGCCGCCGCCCAUACCAACACAAACCCUUCAAGUGCCCCUUGUUAUACCUACAAUAACGGCCCUCCCGCUGUAAAUCAAGCUCAGGCCUCCGCUCCCGCUCCCACACAACCUCCCGUGGCCGCCUCAAUGCCCGCGCCAAAUAGCAACGGCGCAGGGUCUAAUAAGCGCAACAGUCCGAACGACCCUGUCGCUAAUGGUGGACUUGCCAGUGGGAUAGGGAGCACGGAUUUGGAGGGCUCGCAAUCGAAGCGGCUGCGUCCUUCCAAUCCCACAGUCAAGUUGCUGCCAGCUCGAUAUGAACUCGCCGAUCCUCGGGAUAUCGUUGUGCUAAUCUCCAGCAUGCUGAUGGAACUUAUUCGGUUCAAUGACAAAAUCCCGCUCCAUCAAGGUCGGCUGACUCGCUUUCACUCCCGAUCUCCUCCGCGGAUUUCCGUCAAUGACUAUCUGCAGCGAUUGACCACUCAUGCCACACUUUCACCUCCGAUCUUGUUGAGCAUGGUGUAUUAUAUCGACCGCCUUUGCGCUCUUUACCCCGCCUUUACUGUCUCUAGUCUCACUAUUCACCGAUUCCUCAUUGCUAGCGCAACAGUUGCGAGCAAAGGGCUGAGCGAUAGCUUCUGGACGAACAAGACCUAUGCUCGGGUGGGCGGUAUCAGUAUGACGGAGUUGGCUCUUCUUGAGUUAGAAUUUCUAUUCCGUGUAGAGUGGCGCAUUGUCCCUCAGCCGGAAGUGCUUGAAGACUACUACCAGAGUCUAGUUGAAAGGUGUGAAGGAUAUGAGAUCCAACGCGAACCUUGA